GGCCCCUUUUCCCUUUCCUCUUUGCCCAUCCGAGCUCUUGAGUGGUGCUCACAGCCCAUAACACAGAACUCAUGGCUGAUCGRGUGCUUGUGAUCGGCAGUGGAGGGAGAGAACACGCUCUGGCCUGGAAGCUGGCCAAGUCUCCACGUGUAAAGCAUGUGUAUGUUGCACCAGGAAACGCAGGAACAGCUGACAAUGGGAAAAUUUCAAAUUCAGCUGUUUCAGUCAGCAAUCACAGUGCCCUUGCCCAGUUCUGCAAAGAGCAGGAGAUCAAGCUGGUCGUGGUUGGCCCAGAGGUUCCUCUUGCUGCUGGAAUUGUUGAUGACUUGACAGCAGCUGGAGUGAGAUGCUUUGGUCCAACAGCAAAGGCAGCCCAGCUGGAGUCCAGUAAGAGCUUCACCAAAGCUUUUCUGGAUCGUCACGGGAUCCCAACUGCAAGAUGGAAAUCUUUUACUGAUCCUAAAGCAGCAUGUAGCUUUAUCAAUAGUGCAAACUUCCCUGCGCUGGUUGUAAAAGCCAGUGGCCUGGCAGCUGGCAAAGGAGUAAUCGUGGCUUCGAACAGGGAGGAGGCCUGCAAAGCUGUUGCUGAAAUCAUGCAGGAUAAGACUUUUGGCAUGGCUGGGGAAACGGUUGUUGUUGAAGAACUUCUUGAAGGAGAAGAAGUUUCUUGCUUGUGUUUCACGGAUGGCGUCACGGUUGCCCCCAUGCCUCCAGCCCAGGACCACAAGCGAUUAAUGGAUGGGGAUGAAGGCCCCAACACGGGAGGAAUGGGAGCCUAUUCCCCAGCACCUCAGAUUUCCAAAGAUUUGCUGCUGAAAAUAAAAGAUACUGUUCUUCAGAAAGCUGUUGAUGGCAUGAAGAAAGAAGGUGUCCCCUAUCUUGGUGUGCUUUAUGCUGGAUUAAUGCUUACCCGGGAUGGACCUAAAGUUUUAGAAUUUAACUGCAGAUUUGGUGACCCAGAAUGUCAGGUACUUCUUCCACUGUUGAAAAGUGAUUUGUAUGACGUUAUGCAAGCAGUCAUCGAUAGAAAGUUGUCUAGUUCCAUGCCUGUUUGGUUUGAAGACAGUGCAGCUGUGACUGUGGUCAUGGCUAGUGAAGGGUAUCCGGGAUCAUAUCCCAAGGGUUUGGAAAUUACAGGGCUUCCUAAGGCUAAACAACUGGGAUUGGAGGUUUUCCAUGCUGGCACAGCCCUCACGAAUGGCAAAGUGGUGACUAAUGGAGGAAGAGUCCUCACAGUAACUGCUAUUAAAGAGGAUCUGAUGCUGGCACUGCAAGAAGCCAACAAAGGAGUAGCAGCCAUACAGUUCAAGGGUGCCAUUUAUAGAAAGGACAUUGGUUAUCGGGCUAUAGCUUUCCUGAGACAUUCCAGAGGCCUGACUUACAAAAGCAGCGGGGUAGACAUCGCAGCAGGGAAUACUUUGGUUCAGAAAAUUAAACCCUUAGCUGCAGCCACCUCAAGAUCGGGUUGCAACGCGGAGCUUGGGGGAUUUGCUGGCCUCUUUGACCUGAAAGCAGCUGGCUAUAAGGAUCCUCUCUUGGUAUCUGGAACUGAUGGUGUUGGCACAAAACUCAAGGUCGCGCAGGCCUGCCGGAGACACGACACCAUCGGCCAGGACCUGGUCGCCAUGUGCGUCAACGACAUCCUGGCCCAAGGGGCAGAGCCCCUCUUCUUCCUCGACUAUUUUGCCUGUGGCAAGCUGGACGUGGACGUGGCGCAGGGAGUCRUUGCAGGGGUAGCUGAGGCCUGCAGGAAGGCGGGAUGUGCUCUCCUGGGAGGCGAAACUGCGGAAAUGCCGGGCAUGUAUCUGCCCGGCGAGUACGACCUGGCGGGCUUUGCCGUCGGCGCAGUGGAGCGCGGGCAGAUGCUGCCCCAGCUGGACAGGAUUGCUGACGGGGACGCGGUUAUCGGAGUCGCUUCCUCCGGCGUCCACAGCAACGGAUUUAGCCUCGUAAGGAAGAUUGUGGAAAAGUCAUCAUUGGAUUUCUCCUCCCUGGUUGGCGUCGCUGGUGAUCAGACAUUAGGAGAGCUCCUGCUAACCCCGACGAGGAUCUACAGUAAGACUCUGCUGCCCGUCCUCCGCUCGGGCCACGUGAAGGCCUAUGCCCACAUCACUGGCGGGGGCUUGCUAGAAAACAUCCCCAGAGUCCUGCCAGAGUCACUGGGCGUCGUUUUAGAUGCUCUUAGCUGGAAGAUCCCUGAAAUCUUUAGCUGGCUCCAUAAAGAAGGGAAUCUGUCUGAGGAGGAGAUGGCUCGGACGUUCAAUUGCGGGAUUGGCGCGGUCCUGGUGGUGCAGAAGGAGCUGGCCCAGCAGGUCCUCAAGGACGUUCAGAGACACGAGGCAGCCUGGUUGAUUGGGAAAGUUGUCUCCCUACAAAAAGGCUSUGCCAAUGUUAAGGUCCAGAAUCUGCUUCAAGCCUUGCAAGCCAAUGCGUCACUGACGGUGCAGAGCCCAAUCCAAAGCAAAAUCCAGGCAAACAAAGUGAAGGUUGCUGUCCUCAUCUCCGGAACAGGCACAAACCUGGAAGCUCUCAUAAAUAGCACAAAGAAGCCCACCAGUUUUGCACAAAUAGUUCUUGUUGUUUCCAAUAAAGCUGGCGUGGAAGGGCUAAGGAAAGCUGAAAGGGCUGGGAUUCCUACAAGGGUUAUUGACCAUAAAUUGUUUGAAAGUCGCGUUGAAUUUGACAAAGCAGUUGACAAAGUCCUUGAAGAAUUCUCCGUUGAACUGAUCUGCCUUGCUGGAUUCAUGCGGAUACUGUCUGGUCCCUUUGUCAAAAAAUGGGAUGGGAAAAUCCUGAACAUCCACCCCUCCCUACUGCCUUCUUUUAAGGGAGCAAAUGCCCACAAGUUGGUGUUAGAAGCCGGAGUCCGAGUCACAGGCUGUACUGUACACUUUGUAGCUGAGGAGGUGGAUGCUGGCGCUAUCGUUUUCCAAGAGGCGGUGCCCGUGCGGGCCGGCGACACGGAGCAGUCGCUGGCGGAGCGCGUGAAGGAGGCCGAGCACCGGGCCUUCCCCGCCGCCCUGCAGCUCGUGGCCAGCGGCGCCGUCCGCGUCGGCCGCGACGGCAAGAUCUGCUGGAAGGAGGAGCAGCAGCCCGGCCAGGGUGCCCACGUGGGACAAGGGGCAGGAAGGGAUUGACGGAGGCGGGUCGCCCGGCCGAACGCGCACACAGACGUCRCUUCACAAAGUGUUUUAAACUGUUUGGGUUUUAAACGGUGUCCUGAUCUUGUUCCMGUGCUUCAAGACUCAAAGUAAAACCUAGAGGGAGGCACCCGUGGGGACAGCGGGCAGGGGACCGCCCCAGCACUCUCGGCUAUGGCUCCUUUGCCGGGUUCCCAAUUAUCACCACUCUCUCGGCCAGCGUUUCAGUUCUCAGUCGCUUGCAGGAGCAAAACCCGUUCCGUUGGUGGCAGAGAUCUGAGCGUCUCCGAGGCUGACGCAGGAAUAUCGGUACAACUCCCUGCAUUGGCUGUGUGACUUGGACCCUGGUCGUGGGCUCUCAAGUGUUUGCAAGGAUAAUUCAGGGAAGCGGUAAACGGAGGUGGCAGCCGCAGGCCUUCCUGUGGGACAAAGCCUGAGGAAGUUAGAUACUGCGGAAAAAGCAUUUUCCCCUGGAAUAACAGUAAGGAAAACCCAGGAAAUGCAGUAAUUCUGAAACAUUUCUUUGAGCUUUCUACACAGCUGAACUCAUGUCAAAAACACUUGAUUUUUCCUUUAAUAUUUUGGCAUAGCUGUGAAAAUACUUCAAUGCAUUUCCAAAACCRUCUCUUUGCCCCAUACGAACCCGAAGCGUGCGACUGAAGCUGAUCAGUGUGUGUUAGAAGCCCUGUUUGACACAGAGAGCUGGUUCCGUCCUCGUGUCCAUACAGUAUUUCUGUAG